AUGCUGCUCCUCAUCCUGGUGGUGCUCAUUCCUGUCCUUGUCAGCUCGGUGGGCAGCAGCGAGGACGCCAGCCGCUAUGAGAUGCUGGGCACCUGCCGGAUGGUCUGCGACCCUUACCUGGACAAAGCGGGCGGCACGACAGCUGGAGCCAUGGGCACAGCUGUCACGCACAUCCAGGCUGAGGCCCUGACCGACAACAGCAUGGGCCCCCCGCUGCCCACCUAUUCCCACGGGCCACAGGGCAGGACGGGACGCCCAGGGAAGCCCGGACCUCCUGGACCUCCAGGACCACCGGGACCGCCUGGAGAGCCAGGUCCACCAGGACCCAUGGGACCACCAGGAGAAAAGAAUGGGGUAGAGCAGCCGGGGAUCUUCUCCUUGGGUGGUAGAGCUGCGACAGGCAUCAGCACAGCCACCUAUGCAAUGGGGCCCCGCGUGGCAUUCUACGCUGGCCUGAGGAACCCACAGGAGGGCUACGAGAUCCUGAGGUUCGAUGACGUGGUCACCAACAUCGGGAAUAAUUAUGACAGUUCGUCGGGAAAGUUUGUGUGCAAGGUGCCCGGGACGUACUUCUUUACCUACAACGUCCUGAUGAGGGGUGGGGACGGAACCAGCAUGUGGGCAGACCUUCUGAAGAACGGACAGGUGAGGGCGAGUGCUAUAGCCCAGGAUCAGGAUCAGAGUUACGAUUACGCCUCUAACACGGUCAUUCUGCAUCUGGACCCCGGAGACGAAAUCUUUAUCAAGCUGGACGGAGGCAAAGCCCACGGAGGCAACAGCAACAAGUACAGCACCUUCGCCGGCUUCAUCCUCUACUCUGAUUAGCGGCAGAGGUCAAACGUUCACGAGGGUGAGGGGGCAACGGUCAAGGCUCAUGAUUUCAUAAAGCGAGGACGUUUCAGUGUCUUGUUCAGUGAGAGAGACAGAGGGGUCUUCACUGAUCUGCCUGAAAGAUUUUAUCUUAGCCGAGGCUCAGUGGCUACACGGAUGGAUGGAUUUGUCAUUUCCUUCCUCUUCAUUCAGACAGGCAGUCAAAUCUGGUUGAGUGAUUGAUUGAAAUUGUCUAUCACUUAUUUAUUUGCUUUCUUUAUUUUUCAUUCAUUUAUUUACUCAUUUCACUAUUUAUUCACUCGUUUGUUUGUGGAUUCAUUCGGCUAUUAAUUUGUGCACUUAUGAAGUCAUUUACUCACUCAUUCCUCUGUUUGUUUGUACACAUUUGAUGUCUAAUCCUUUUAAAUCUAAACAAGCCACGUUUUCAGUUGAUUCAGACCACUUUGUAUACUUUUCAGCAAACAUUCAGCAAAUGUUCAUUUUCUCCUAGCUUGUCUAACAAUUUUUUAAAAAGCAGCCACGACCACACAAACCUUGCACAGUAGAUCAGAAAAACUCCAUUUGUCUCUCUCAUCCACUCAUCUUUUCUCUGGGAGUGCUAUUUUAGCCGCGUGAUGAGGCCGUGAGCGUGUGGUUUUCUGUUUCUGGACAGUAGCUGUGGAAACGAGAGUCAAGCCAAGUUGCGUUUAGCCGUUUCAUGAAGAUAUUUGUCUUUGUAUGAGUGUUCUUGUCUCGUCUUUGAUGAUAUGCGAUGAUAUGUGUCGUGUGUAAUAACUGACCUUAUGAGAAACUAUACCCAGAACUUUAUGAGAUUGCUGUGUCCACCCGAUUCUGAAUUCAAUGUGGAAAAGCACCCUGGUCCUGAUGCCCCAUCCAAAACCAUAGCAUUUAUAUCAGUAUCCAUCUGUGGAAUAAAAUACAAACGCUGGGUGUGGAAAUAUCAGCUUACGCUUUCCUAAAACCUUAUACUGUGUGGUUUCGGAAAAAAACUAUGGCUUUGAUCAGGACAGGAGGCAAUCUCCAGAAGAAUGGCCACUUAUUGUAUAGUCUGCUGCUGAGAAAAAUGAGAAGAAAUGAGAUUAUUUAAAAGCUCCAAUCAGGAAUCGCUGAAGCAGCACCCUAGGUCUUUACUCCGGGAUGGUGAUGUUAAUUAUCUCACUGAUAUGUAUCGUCAACAUUAAUUAUUCUCGGUAUAUUACUUGAUGUAGGUGCAAGUGGUUGGCCUACUGAGUGAAAGCCCUUCAUCAAAUUAAGAGGAAUGAGAAAGGCUAGUCACUAACUAGGAUCUUAUGGGCCCCAGUGCAAAAAAAUUAAUUGCCGCCAAAUAUGAAAAUUACCUUCAAUGAAUAAACAAAUGUACUUUUAAUAUGUUAAAAUGUAAUUUGCUAGUUCACUCACUAUUUCAAUAUCUCAACCAAGUUGAUGAACCAUUAGGGCUGACGUUUAUCAUAGCACAGUGUUGGGAGAAUUACUUUACAAAUGUAUUUUAGUACAGAUUAGUGAUUACCUGGAAAGUAAUUGUAAUGUACUCCAAAGGAUUACUAUAUUAAAGUAAUGUAAUCUGAUUACGUUCCAUUACUUUUGGAUUACUUGCCUUUUUAAAGUCGUACAAUUCAAUAAUGAAUAAGGUCUUUUCCCACCUCGUUAUUCUUCAGUUCCACAUUAUUCUUCAUGGUUAACGUUUAUAUUAGCUAGAAAUUCUAUAGAUUGGCCAAAUAAUAGACCGUAAACUGCUGCCUGUGAGGGGGAUCCUUCUUCAGGUUUCCCUCUCAAUUCUUCAAAUCUGACAUUUUUCUAAAGAAAAUGGCUAAUUUCGAUGAAAAUUGAUGAGUUUUAAUGUAUGUGGUUUAACUGUUAUCUUGCCAGUAAUCAAGAUAUUUUUUCUGAUGCACCUAUUACAAGUAUUCCGUUACUGCCCAACCCUGUGUUUCUGUAACUGUAAUGGAAUACAGUUACAUAAUUUUGUAUCCUGAUUACGUAACACUGUUACAUGUAUUCUGUUACCAACCUUGAUCACACCUGCCCAUAAAGGUAUAAAAGUAGCCAUAUAAAGUCUAAUUAAGACAUUAGGAGGCACGAUCGUAAUGCACCCCACUCCCCCACCACCACCCCUGCACCCCACUAUAGGGCCGCCAGUGCAACUGUCAGUGGUUGUGCACUGGUUACUAUGAUAACCAAUGGCCAACUUGCAUCUCUUACCUACAAAUAUGACAUCCCCAGUGUGGCCAUUCCUGAUUGGGGUUAUUGAAGGAAUCUGUAAUCCACCAUAUGUAUC